CCAAAAUGGUUCUCCGGCCGGAAAAAACUCUUCUGCUAGCAAUAGCACUUGCUGCCUUAAUGGGCAGCUCCCAGGGAGCUAAUAUUCUGGGUCUCUUUACGAGCCUGAGUCCCUCGCACCUGAUAAUCCAAAUGUCCGCGGCUAAAAUUCUGGCCGAGAAGGGACACAAUGUGACGGUGGUCACAGCGCUGAAGCCAGUGGUUACCCAUAAAAGCAUAACCGUGAUCCAAGUGCCCCUUAGUAAGGAGGAAGCCCAGCAAAUGAGCGAUUCGAUUGGAGCGAUGUCCAAGAACGACAACAGCAACAUGGCCUUAUCCCUACUCCGGAUGACGGAUCAAAUGGACUUCAUGAUCAGAAAGAAUGCCGAGACCCUGAUGAACGACCGAGUGAAGGAUCUGUACCUGAACAGGGGAAACAAGUUCGACCUGGUUAUCUCCGGAUUCUUCAUGAACGAUUUCCAGCUUGGAUUCGCAAGGAAAGUGAACGCACCCGUCAUCGUAUUGGCCACAAUGCCUCCCAACCAGCUCUUAAACCCUCUAGUCGGUAAUCCCCAGGAGGUUUCCUACGCCGGAAUCAGUAAUCCUGCAGAGGGCAGUAAAGCCGUUACCUUCCAGAGCCGCUUAGCUACCUAUAUGCAAAGCCUCGGUUUCGGUAUAUUUUCUUAUCUUUCCGAGAGGCGUAAUCGAAAGUGGUACAAGGAAGUUUAUGACAACGAUCCCAACAUGCCUGAGUACUCGGAAAUGCUCAAGAACACGUCGUUGGUAUUCUUCAGUUCCCACGCACCCAGCGAAGGAGUCAUUAGACCUAAUGUUCCUUCUGCCGUAGAAAUCGGGGGUAUUCAUAUUAAGGACAAGCCGGAUCCCCUUCCCCAAAACAUUGCGGAGUUCCUGGGCAAUGCUACAGAAGGCGCUAUUCUCCUCAGCCUGGGCUCCAAUGUUCAGGGAAAGCAUCUGAACCCAGAAACAGUUGUCAAGAUGUUCAACGUCCUAUCAAAACUGAAGGAAAAAGUGAUCUGGAAGUGGGAGGACCCAGAGAACACCCCAGGGAAAUCAGUCAAUAUCCUCUACUCGAAGUGGCUUCCGCAGGACGAUAUCCUGGCCCACCCAAACAUAAAGCUAUUCAUCAACCACGGCGGUAAAGGUGGCAUUACUGAGUCCCAGUACCACGGAAAGCCCAUGCUUUCGUUGCCGGUCUUUGCCGACCAGCCACGCAACGCUAACGCCAUGGUCAAGAACGGUUUUGGCCUCACCCUGAGCCUCCUCACUUUGGAGGAGCAGCCGUUUCAAGAGGCAAUCCUGAAGAUCUUGUCGAAUCCGCAGUAUGCCCAGAGGGUUAAGUCCUUUUCAACUCUAUACCGCGAUCGCCCCAUGAGCGCUAGGGAAUCAUUUCUCUACUGGACUGAGUACGUCAUCCGCCACCAUGGAGCUGCCCAUCUCCAGAGUCCUGUGGUGCACAUGAGCUUCAUAGCCGCCAAUAAUAUUGAUAUUUAUUUCCUGAUAUCUGCCAUACUAAUUUCCGUUUUGGUACUUAUUAAGUUGCUGGUUCAGUUUAUUUAUAGGAGGUUCAUCUCGAAGCCAAGCAAGGAGAAAACCAAUUGAAAUGUACAACUAAAUGAAUGAAUGACAAUAUUAUAUAGCUUUUAUUAAAACA